GCGAGGCCGCCCUAGCGGCCAUCAGCACUGUGGGCAAGCUACGCUGAGCUAUCGUCCUGCCCUCGGCGCGGCCGCCCGAGUGGGCUUAGCCCUGAUCCCUGUCCUCCAGAGCGGCCAACCUCGCUGCCUUCCCGACUCCUCCGGCGUUGGGGGUCGCAUAGGGCGGGACAUGGGUGACCGGAAGUGGUAGCCAUGAGCAUCUCCUGAGGCGCAGAUGCUGGAGGCGUUGGCUGGACCACCGCAGCGCACGCAUGGAGAGCGCUGGGCGUCGAGCUGCGUACCGACAGCUAACGUGGGCACUCGGGCUCUGUGGGGCGGGAUCUUUGCAGAACCCACCGCUCUCCAGGGGCAUGGGAACAUUGACUCUAGAUCAGGACCCCGCUGCCGAGAAGUCGCACGGCGCCCGGGCCUGCCCUACUGACCGCUGAAUCCCUGGAGCCCCCGAGACUUGGUAACUGGCGUGAGCGGAAGAAUGCGCACGCGCGGGGCCGCCGUUGACACGUGGCAGGGAGCAAGGGCGUCUCUGCGCGCGCGAAGCGCCUUAGUCUAGGACCACAGCCCAAGUGACCCUCUUUCCCUCCGAGUGUGAUAAAGGCUGGUGCCGUCCUAGGAUUCGCCUUGCCGCCCCCACUCUUCUCCCCAUUACUCAGAGCAGCCAGGGAGGGGCCAGCGCACAUGGGUCAUCUUGGAACAGACCGACCUACCUUGAUCCCCUGCCCUCUUGUCAGCUUAUUGGCCUCUCCCUGCAGCUGGUGUCAGUGGCAGCAUGGUCUUCUGUUUGGAAAACGAGAUGCCACACCGCCUGCUGGGAAGCGCCACGGUCCACUUCCAUGCCUCGGAAGUCCAGCAGCUGCUACACAACAAGUUCGUGGUCAUUUUGGGGGACUCCAUCCAAAGAGCUGUGUAUAAGGACCUGGUGCUUCUGCUCCAGAAAGACACACUGCUCACAGCUUCCCAGUUAAAAGCCAAGGGGGAGCUGAGCUUUGAACAGGACCAGCUGGUUGCUGGGGGCCAGCUGGGAGAGCUGCACAACGGGACACAGUACCGUGAGGUCCGCCAGUUCUGCUCUGGCUCUGGCCACCACCUUGUGCGCUUCUACUUCCUCACCCGAGUCUACUCCGAGUACCUUGAGGACAUCCUGGAGGAGCUGUCAUAUGGACCUGCCCCUGACCUAGUGAUCAUCAACUCCUGCCUCUGGGAUAUCUCCAGGUUCAGGCGGCGGGGAGAGGGAAAUACUGGUUGGAGGUGGAGGUAUGGCAGCACUCCUAUGCUCUUGCCCACCCUAAGUGUUACCCAACAGAUAUGGCCGCUGCUCAAUGGAGAGCUACAGGGAGAACCUGGAACGAGUCUUUGUACGAAUGGACCAGGUUUUGCCAGACUCUUGUCUGCUGGUGUGGAACUUGGCAAUGCCUCUGGGGGAACGUGUCACUGGGGGUUUCCUCCUGCCAGAGAUCUCCACUUCCACUUCCGGCAUGCUGUACAUCACCGUCAUCGAGAUGGUGUCCAUUGGGACCAGCAUGCACACCGCCACCUCUCGCACUUACUUCUGGCCCACGUGGCCGAUGCCUGGGGUGUGGAGCUGCCCAAGCAUGACCGGCUGCCAGACCCAUGGAUUGAGGACUGGUCAGAGAUGGAUCAUUCAUUCCAGGGAAGCCAUAAGCAGCCCCCAGACUUCAGGGAGAAGCUGGCCUUGCCCCUGCUCCCACCUUUCCAUUUGCCUCCUCCCAUGUCUUUUCCUUACCCACUUCAGCCCUCACCACCUCCCUUGUUCCCACCCCUGCCCCAGGAUACCCCCUUUUUCCAAGGCCAGCCCUUUCCACCCUAUGAAUUCAAAUACAAUGCAAUGGAGAACUUCUCAAUGCCAGGAUGUGGCCCUGGAAUGAACUUUGUGCCUGGCCCCCUGCCACCAUCAGUCUCUGGCCCUGUCUCCCAUGGUCAACACCGGGGCCCAGUGGUCCACCGGGGCAAGCCACGUUGUGUUCUGAACAACCCCUACCAUGUACCAAGGAUUGGGGCUCCAUGCAGGCAUCGACUCAGACACUCAGACAAACUGAUCCACACAUACAAACAGGACAGACGAGGGCAUGCCCAUUCGGGAACAUGGCCUGGGUAGACAGGAUCUUAGGUUGGGGCUAGAGAUGCCAGUGGCCCUGGAGGGUCUGCCUGGUAACCUAGCUGUUGGGCCGGGGUGUUCUUGUCCAUUGCUGAUACCAAUAAAAGCAUGGAAGGACAGAGUGACAUUCCUGUGUUAGGGAGCAGGUCUCCCAAACCAUGACCUUAAGGCAUGGGGAAGCUGUCCUUGGCCUUUGUGCAAACUAUUUAGAAAUCUGUGAAGAAUUUCUAGCACAGGUUCAUCUUCACAAGAACACAUACACACUAAAUAAAGAUCCCCAGAGAGUCCCUUGUUAUCAACAGUUUUGGGGACUGCAUCAUUAGCAGGCCUUCAGUAAGUUGUUAGAAUCCAAGUGAGAAGCUUCCAAGUGCUCUGAAAGUCCAGCUAGGGUCCCAUUGGUUCCUUGAUUCGAGUGCAAGCAAACAAAGCUUGGCAGAAGGAUGGGGCACUUGCCUCAGCUUGGAAAAAGGGGAGGAGGGGCUGGAGUAUGAAAGGGACAAUGGACAGAGAGUAGGGUCAUGUGGACCCAUUACAUUUGAAUCAGAAUGGAGGGAACAGAAUUCUUGGGUUCAUUUUUGUUCCUGUUAAUGAAACCUUUCAAAAGGACCACAUCCCACUGAAAAGAAAACAAAAACUGAUCAGAUCAAUGGAUUUUGGUUAAUAAUCUGGCAAAUUAGUGAAGGGCAUGGUUAACCGGCAGGGGCUAAGGAAGUGGUCACAGACAAUGUGAGUUAAUAAAAUCUUUGAGGGAGACAAGAGACUUGCAGAGGCACCGGCACAGUGCCCAAGACAAAUGUAUGAAUUCCUUUCUUCCGAACAAGAUUAAAGGGGGACAAAAAUUAAAAGCUUUUUUGGUUUGUUUUU